CCUACGAAGAUUUAUAGUACAGGUGUUUUCGAUUACUCAUAACUUUUUCACUUGCAAUAUUAUUUAACUACAUUUGUUCGUGGUAUUUUUCCAGCAUUCGACCAGAUAAACCAGGUCGCACGGUGUCUACUCCGAGACUGUAAUAUGUCGGAAAAGAUGAAAGCUGAUUCACUUGAAAUUGUGUCAACGGCUUGUGAGCUAUACGCUAAAGAUUACAUGGCGUUGUCCAAGCUUAUCAAAAUAUCGAUGGACAAGAAUCACGGAUCGAUGUGGCAUGUCGUCGUCGGAGAGAAUUUCAGUGUAGAGUUGGAAUAUGAACCUGGUACGUUGAUGUCCUUGUGCUACGGCGGAACACUCGCGAUUUGUAUUUGGCGAACUUGA